AUGAAUCAACUUCUCAGUAAGAUUGGUAAUUGGAAAUCGUCUAAAGAUGUCGUAGACAUUAUUAUAAAAUGCCGGAAAUUCUGUCUAGGGUCCAUCUUAAUUUCUGUGUCUUAUAUGGACCCCGGUAAUUACAGUUCCAAUAUUGCUGCCGGUAGUACUAAUAGAUUCUCUCUUCUAUGUGUGGUGUUGCUAUCCAAUUUAAUCGCUGUUUUCCUACAAUCGUUGUGUAUCAAAUUAGGAUCGGUCUCUGGUUUGGAUUUGCCAAGUGCCUGCAAACUUCAUCUUAACAAAUACGUCAACUGGUUCCUCUUUGCCUGCUCGGAAUGUGCCAUCAUCGCUACUGAUCUUGCCGAAGUUAUCGGGACAGCAAUCGCCUUGAAUAUCUUGAUGAAAAUUCCUUUGCCAGCCGGGGUGAUCUUGACGAUUGUCGAUGUGCUUAUCGUUCUCGUUGCUUACAGACCAGGAAGAUCCGUCAAAUUCAUUCGUAUCAUCGAAUAUGUAAUCGCGAUAUUUGUUCUCACCGUGGUCAUUUGCUUUUGUGUCGAAUUAAAAAUGAUCCCAAAGACCGAUAUUAAAGACAUUUUCCGCGGGUUCGUUCCUUCAAAAGAAACUUUUCAAAACAACGGGAUGUAUACCGCUACUUCUAUCUUGGGGGCCACCGUUAUGCCUCAUUCGUUGAUCUUGGGAUCCAGUUUAGUCAAACCAAGAUUGAGAGAAUAUGAUGAAGAUAAUGGAUAUAUCAGUGAAGACUGGUUCAAAACAAAGGAGGCUGCCGAAGAAUUUUUCACCUACGAUUAUAAACCUACUUUGAAAGCGGUGAAGUUCUCUUUAAAAGCAUCGAUUAUCGAACUUUCCAUUACAUUAUUUACUGUGGCCUUGUUUGUUAACUGCUCCAUUUUAAUCAUUGCUGGAGCAUCGUUGUACGGGACCCCCGAAGCCGCUGAUGCCGAUUUAUACGUGAUUUACGAUCUCUUAAGCUCAUACUUGGCCCCAGCUGCUGGGAAAUUGUUUAUGAUUGCCUUGUUGCUAUCGGGUUUAAUGGCUGGUAUUGUUUGUACAAUGAGUGGUCAAAUCGUCUCUGAAGGUCAUUUGAAUUGGACCAUUAAACCAUGGAAAAGAAGAAUCGUCACCAGAUCAGUGGCUAUCUUACCUUCUUUGGUUAUUUCAUUGACAAUUGGUAAAAGCGGUUUAUCUCAAGCCUUGAAUGCAUCGCAAGUUUGUCUUUCAAUUCUUUUGCCAUUCAUUUCGGCACCUUUGAUUUACUUCACCUGCAAGAAGUCAGUGAUGAAAGUUGAAGUCAAGGAAGAUUAUAAGAUUGAUGUUAAACAAUUCGAUUAUAAAUUGAAUCCUGAUAUGGAAACUGAGAAUUUCGAAUUAACCGAAAUGAAUAUUAGACAUCGCACAACUGCCGCUGGCGCAUCAUCCAUAAACGAUCAAAAUAUAGACUCUCGUGAUGCUUUGCCAAAGGAUAUUGCUCCAAAGAGCAAUGCUUCGACUUCUCAGCAGCAGAUAUGUAGUCAACUGAUUGAAACUUCUAGCUCGACAGAAAUUUGUGAUAACGCUACAUACAUUAACAUGGCCAAUAACUGGCUUGUUUCGAUAAUUGCGGUUAUUGUUUGGAUAUUCAUUUGUGUUUUGAAUGUGUAUAUGAUUGUCGAGUUAGGAAUAACUGGAGGACAAACUUAA